CUGAGCUUUGCGCAUGAUCAAAGCCAACACUAACUUGUUUAUCUUUCUUUCUCCACCAUUGCAUCCAAAAGUUUUUUUUUAUUUAAACGUCUUUCCCGCGUCUCUUAGUCCUGCCUCCCAAGAGUUAGUAUUUUUUUCACAGACCGCCAACACGAUCAGUCAUAUCAGUACCCGCGGAGACAUCAACAGAGAGUGUGUGUUAUACGAGUUAUCAAAAGUUUUCAUUUUUAUUCAUUAUACCGGUAAUUAUUAAAUACAUUUUAUCCAAAUAUCUAUGGAAUAUACAACGUGCAUAUUGGUGGUGACCAGUGCAAUGAGGAUCUAGUCUCAAUAAAGAUAAUAGUGAUACCCAGUUUUUGGAACUUAUGACCAAAAUAGUAUAAUACAAUGUCGGACUCUGGUGGUACAGAUAAUCCAGCAUUUAAUAACUCUGAUGAAUACAAUGCAACGAGUACGAACUUAGAAAAUAGUCAAACAGAGAAUCUCCAGCAGGAGCAAAAAGAUAAGUCAUUGCCUAUAAGCAAUGGUCAUUCUUUCGUGUCAAAACACUAUGUUGAGCCGAGUCAAAAUACUCCAGAAGCUCAAUACAAGACUGAAACCAGGAUUGAAGUUCCUACUGAAGAUAACAAAACUUCAAAUACUAUUAAAACCAAUGGGAUAAAUGGGAAUGGUAAUAAUAAUGAUUUAAGCUUUCUCAAUUCAAGCAUCACUAGUGGCCAAAUAAACGAUGGUAAGAAGGAGCAAAUUGAGGCCGUGAAUUUGGAACUGGUAUCAAUGAGACCUUAUACUGGGAAUAAUUUGCAGACCAAGGGACAAGAAGCAUGUGAGAUACCAAGUGAUCCUUAUGAAGAAUACUUUGUUCCUGUUAAUGAACACCGAAAAUAUAUCAGCAGCAAUCCAAGUGCAGAGGUUGAAACCACCGUGGCUGGUGUCCGUUUUGAUUUGGGACCGGGUGUUGGCCGCGAAGGACUAAGCCUGAGAGACCCGGCCGCUGGACUUGUCGACUAUUCCCACUGGCUCAAGGCCUUAAGAGGUGAAAAACUCUAUGUCACAAAGGAUAAAAGAUCGAAAAGUUCGUAUUGGCGAAGAAUAGCAUGCUGGGGUUUUGGAUUAAGUGUAUUAGCAGUUGCUCUUAUAAUUGCUAUUUUAGCAGGCACUGGUGUAAUUUUAACUCAAGAAGCUACGCAACCGCUGGAUAAUGAGCAUCAACGGUCACUUGACGAUGUUAAUGCUGCCGGAAGUCAAGAGUUUAUUAAAAACCCACCGUCUAGUCCACCGCCGGAAACGUCUACUUUCCCACCAUGGCGAACAACUGAUGAGACCAUGUUGAAAACAGUACCUAACGCACUAGAAGGAAGUAUUUGGUUGGAUAACCUUAUGUGGAAUGAUGAUCUGAUGGAUGUUAAAACACGAGUUUAUCGAGAUGUUGCCAGCGAAAUAGAAGAUAAUCUAAGCAAUAUGAUUGACACAGAAGGAACAAGGACUAUGAUUAAAAUUUAUAAUAUUACCAAACAUGGCCAGGUAAUGUUUAGAAUUGGUAAUCCACCAGUAAUUCAACCCGAUCUUCUUCAGGGUAAAAUAGAAAAAAUGCUUCGUCAAAAUGGUAACAUGAUUGGAAAGUACCAUCUUAGCAGAAUGCAUGUCAAACAUUUGAUAGAUGAAUGCCAGUAUGAAAAUUUGAAUUGUUCAGAACUUUGUCAGUUUGACUACGCCAAAGGCAUAUUUGCAUGUGGUUGUUUGCCGGGAAAAAUGCUUGAUGCCCUGGGAGUAAAUUGUAUAGAUGAAAGUGAUUUAAGUAAUAUUGAUAUGGUUGCUGAAGAACCUAAAUCAACGAGUCAAGAAAUGAUUCAAGGUCGUGGUAGAGCUCCGGAACAAUCAUUUGAGCCAGAGGGAGAUCAUGAUCACUGGAUGCAUCAUCACUAUCAUUAUGAUAAUGAACAGUCAUUUACAGAUUCAAGUAUAGAUAAAAAAGAUGAAACUAGUUUAAAAACAAUGUUAACAAUGAAUGACGAACCUAAAUAUGAAUUAAAUCCAUCAUCCGAGCCUAAUGAUGAACCAAAAUCUCAGCAAGAAGAAAUAUCAAAAACUGUUGUUAGGCCCACUGUGGAAACAAAAACGACUCCAGAUUUUAAUUUUGAAUCAAAGUUUGCAACAGAAUCAACGUUCAAGCCACAUUUUGAAGAAUCAACACCUGAAAUAAAAAUAAGUUCUAAUGUUGACCCACUUCCUGAAGAAGAAUCAACAAUGAUACCUAGCGUUGAACCUGAAACUAAUAUGGAAAUGGAUGUCAAACAUGAAACCGAGGCAGAAAUGACAUUGAAAUCAACUACUGAGUCAAAAUUAAUAUCAGAACCAGCAACAGAACAUAUGGAAUCUCAUUCAGAGUUAGAAACAACCGUAAGUUCUAUGACUGAAAUGGAAUUAGGAUUAGAAGCAACAUCAGAAAUGAACUUGGAAGAAAAAUCGCAUCCAGAACCAACAAUGGAAUCACAUCCUAAGCAAGAGUCAAAUUCAGAGGAGUCAAUGAACAGAAAUCCUCAGAUGAAGUUUGAUCAAGAAUCAAUGACAGUUUCUCCAGUUGAUGAAACAUCCACACCAAUGUUGUUAUCAGAGAUAACUAUGAAACCAGAAUCAACUACAAAAUUAAUGACUGAAUCAACCUCUCAAUUAAAUUCAGAAACGACUCCUGUUGAACCUAAACUUGAAGAAGAGCCAACAUUAACAUCUGUUAUUGAACCUGAAUUUGAACCAGAGCCAUCAUUAAAACCUGUGAUUAUGAUAGACUCAGAAGAAAAAUCUCACAUGCCUUCAAGUUUCGAGCCAAUUGAGCCUGAAGAAAUGUUAGAAGAGCCAAAAUCUAUGACUGAAUCAAACAUGAGCUCUCAAGAAAUAGAAUAUCAUCCAGAAUUAAAUUCUGAAAUGGAUUCUUCAAUUCCUUUCACAACAAAAACAACAAUGAUGUCUAGUGCUAUAACUGAGAAUCCUCCAAAAACGACUUCAAUGAUGUCUAGCGCUGUCACUGAAAAUACUCCAAAAACAACUUCAAUCAUGUCUAGUGAUGUAACUGAGAAUAUUUCAAAAACAACUUUGAUGUCUGAUAUAGCUGAUGUAACAAAAUUCGUUCCAGAUGAGGUAAAGACGACGUCAGAAUCGAUAGUGGAAUUCAAUCCGGAAUCUAGAAUUGAACAAGAAUCCACGAUGAAAUCUGAUAUUGUGACUCAAUUCAGUACAACUGAAAUGGAUGAAAAAGUGAAAUCAACAUUUGAUUCAGUUACUCAAAGUGAAUUGACGAUGAAUAUGGAUGGCAGUACUACUUCUGAACCUACAGAAAAACACAUGGAACCUGAAUUUAAUUUUAUGACAGAAGUAAAGUCGGAGACAUCAACUAUUGAAUCUUCUACUGUAUCAGAUGUAGAACCUGAGACUACUGAAAAAUUAAAAUUAUCGACGGAAAUGGCGUUUGAAGUUACAAAAGAUGUAAAGUCAAACCCUGAAGUUACUCAAUCAUUCUUUGUAUCACCUACUAUGGAAAUAAUGAAUGCAACUGAAGCUAGUUCAGAGUUCCCACUUCCUGUAAUACCAUUAGGAAUAAAACCAGAAUUAGAGAAACACAUGGACGACUUAACAAAUAUGACUGAAACUUCUACCACUAUGAUACCAGAAACCGUUGAUAUAACCACAAGUUUCGAUUACAUGAGUGAUUUUGUUGAUGAUGAUAACUCUGACAAUCAAACAAAAAUUGAUGACUCUAACUUGCUUCAUCCAGUAGAUUUUAUGAACACCACACAUAUGUUAGAAACAACAGAAGAAAUUAUUCAAGAUAAGGAACAUUCAAUUAAGCCAGAAAUUAAUUCUACACAUUCUUGGAUGAAUAACGAUACCAACAUUCCUCCGGAAUUAAUUCCAGAGAAAAUAGAUCCUUAUGUUUUAAUUAGAAAUGCAUUUAAAACAUCAACUGAAAGCGUAGAAAGUACUACUGUUUCGGUAAUGCAUGAACUAGAAUCUUCGUCUGAAAAUACCAAUGAAAAAUUACCAGACAUUCCAACAGCAUUUGAGGAGAAACAUUUUGAGAGUAUGUCGCCAUUUUUACCAGAAAUAAUUCGCGAGAAAGAAACAAAGAAAGCCCCAAGGCUAGAUAAAGACGAACAGGAUUUCCCAAAUCCGUUUGAACCACAUGUAGAGGAUGUAAUCAUCCAUCAUCAAAUUACAAUGACACCACCUGCUGACGUGAACGGAACUGAGUUCACAGAUGUAGCAAAUAAGUCUCACCUGUCCCACGAUGCUUACCAGACUGAAACAAGUCACCAAGAAAACAUGGAUAUGACAGAAACAACGACUACUACAAAUUCUCCACUUUUGAUGACUCAAACGGACUUUGCAACUACUAUACUUCCAGAAAUUGAUGAAGAAAAAAUAGAAAAUUCAUCAACUGAUAAUAUUAUCAACCAUACUACAGAUAAAAAUAUUAAUGACACGAAUAUUGAAAUAAAUGAUGAUAUGACUAUGAAUAUGAAUAAUAGUAAAAAUAAUGAAAGUAUGGAAGAAAUGAAAAAUAUUACCAAUAUAGAAUCAACUACUUAUAUGGAUGAAGAAAUAUUAGAAACAACCACAGCUCGAAUGAUGAUGUCUACAGAAGCAGAACCUUCAUCUGUGACUCUCAUUAACGAUGAUGAUUCUCCAUUCCCAAAUAAAGAUGAAGAUAAUGCAUUAGAAGAUCAAUAUAAUGACAUAAUUGAGGAAAGAAUAUCAAAAAAAAUUGAUGACACUUCUAAUUUACGGAAGAAAAAUUUUCUAAUUAAUAAAUUAAAUGGUAAAUCAACGACUUUUAAAACUUUUAAAACUACUCCACCAAUGGAAAUGAGCGAAUCAACUACUUUAAUGGAAGACAAUAUGAGUACUGAAAAAUUGACAACCAUUGAAAUGACAACUGAAAAACCUAAAGACGACAGUAAACUUACGACUGAAAUACCAAUAAUGCCAGUAGAAAUACAACAAGAUAUUUCAACAACUGAAGUAGUUGAGAAAACUGAAUCAAGUAUGAUCAAUCAUUCUGUCAGCAUGGUGGUAGAUUCACCAAAAACAAUUUUUUACAUGUCGAUGUUAGAAGCAAAAACUACCGCUCAAAUACCAAUCCUUCCUGAAGAAUUAUUAACUACAGAAAUGAGCACGACUGAGAAGAUGUCUAAUGAAAGUGAAUUUGUAACAACUCAAGCUAUAGAAACUUCAACUGCUUCUUUUGAGAGUAUAAAACCUGUUUCAGAAGUAAUUAUUGAUGAUGCAGAGCCGGAAAUUUUUGACCACACUCAUUUCUUCAGGACAACUGAUUCAGUGCCACUUGAAAAAGAUGAAUUUGAAGAUAUUCCUGAAGAGAAACUCAAAAUUAUACCGUUAGAUGUUGAUGAGACUACUGAUGUUACUAAUUCCACUGAUCAUUUAACUAUGAAUGUUACAGAAACACCUAGUACAAUGCAAACAAUAUUUAUCUUAAAUGAUAUGCCAACGAAGCCUAAAGAAAACAUUUUUAUUCCAAAAUUAAAAAUAACUGAAAUAACUUCAGCAUCUCAUCAACCACCAGUAGCCCACAAUAAUAAUCAGACAACUAAUGCUACUGGUUCAGUAAAAAUUCAUUCAGCUACAAAAAUUAUUCCUGUCUAUGAAAAUAUUGAAGAUGAUGUCGAAAAUCCGAUGAUCAAACCGCUACAUCCUAUCAAUAGUAUUCUUCAGGUACCCAAUUUGACAAUAAAUCAAAACACAGCGGAGAAAAAUAUGACAGAAAGUACAUCAAAAGCGAUGACAGCUACUUCACCAAUGACUUUGAAUGAUAAUUAUUAUGUGUUCUCAAAAUGUACUGCUGGACAAUUUCAGUGUAUUAAUGGGACGUCAAGAGAUGGUGCUUAUUGUGUGAGUCUUUCAUCUAAAUGUGACUCUGAGAAUGAUUGCUCCGACGCCUCUGACGAAAUAAAUUGCGAAAUUGAAGGCUGUCCAGGUAACUUCCAAUGUAAAAGUGGACAAUGUCUUGGGCGUCAUCUUGUUUGCAAUGGAAUUGCAGACUGUGAUGAUGGUAGUGAUGAAGAUAAUUGUCAAAACUGGACCUGCCUGUUUGAUGAAUUUAAAUGUCCAAAUGGAAGAUGUAUUCCAGAUCUGUGGCGAUGUAAUGGACGACCAGAUUGUGAAGACCAUCGUGACGAGUAUUCAUGUUCAAAGAGUUGCAGUAAUGAUGAGUAUCUUUGCCCAAGCGAAAAUUGGUGUGUUCCUCAAACGUGGCGUUGUAAUGGAAUAGAGGAAUGUAUUAAUGGUGAAGACGAAAAACUCUGUGAUUGUGGGUUAGAGCAGUUUAAGUGUGAAACUGGUGGUUGUAUUGCGUUACAACAAGUUUGUGAUGGCAUUAAUCAUUGCCCAGACCAUUCAGAUGAAUGGGAUUGUUUGAUGAUGAAUAUGACAUUAAUAAAAAAUACAACUGAAGAAGACAUUGAGACUCAAAUGCCAGUUGGUCAACCAGUUUUGUUAAAAAUCAAACAUAAUGAUGGUGAUCGUCAUUUAGUAUGCUCUGAUAAUUGGAUGAAAAACCACAGUGAUAUUUACUGUCAAUCUCUUGGUUAUUUUGGUUCUGAAGCUUUUGAAACCAUGAAAUAUGAAAAGAAUGAAAAACAAAUCUUACGUUUGAAAGACAACUACGAUAUUACUCUGAAUCUAGUAGGAAAUUUAGAACUAAGUGAUCGAUGUGAAUCGAAUGAAUUUGUUAAGAUUUCUUGUCAAGAAUUCACCUGUGGAUCAUCAGAAAAUGAAGGACCUACAGCUCGACUAAUAGGUGGUACACCAGCAGGUGAUGGUCAAUGGUCUAGUGUGGCAUUAUUAAAGGAAACGAAAAGCGGGGUUGUAUGCACUGCCAGUGUCCUUGGACCUUUGCAUGCUUUAGCAAGCUAUUCAUGUAUUCACAAACACAGACAAAGUAGUAAUUGGGAAAUGCUAACCGGCCGAGAGCUACAAAAAUCUGUAAAAGUGAAAAAUAUCAUUCCGUACCCACAAGUUAAAUAUAAUCAAUUUUUGUAUAAUGAUGAUAUCGCUUUAAUUCAACUAGAAACUCCUUUAAUAUUAUCACGAAAUUUAAGUGCUAUUUGUUUGCCGAAUCAACAGUUCCAGCCAAGAGCUUUAUGCGUCACUGCUGGCUGGGGCUUUCCAACAAGUGGAGAAGUUAAUUUAAAACUAAAAUUCCUCCCAGUACCAAUUUAUAAUACAGAGAAGUGUAAUGCGACUAGUCAUUAUGCUGGGUUUAUAACUAAAAGUAAUAUUUGUGCUGGAUUUACUGGCACCGACAAAGGAACUUGUUAUAAUGACGAAGGUGCGCCUUUAAUAUGUGCUAGUGAAACUGGACAAUGGGAAUUACAAGGAUUACUCAGUCAUCACAGUAGAUGUUCAAGAGAUCAUCCUGCUAUUUAUUCAAGUCUCACUCCAGUGAUCUCUUGGUUACAACAUUCAGUUCCUGCACUCCAAAUGCGAAUUUAAAAUAAAGCUUUGUGCUUUUUUUUAAUUAAUAUG